GCACUUGUGGAGAACACGGUCGAGAUUCCUUUAACUAAAGCGCGAGCCUUUUAACUAACGGAAAUUUUCCACGCGCCUCUGGGUCUGAGAGAAACUUUCACGGUUUCAUUUUCUGUAUAUAAGUUUCCCGAGAAACAAACACCCAAUUACCGUCAGUAUGCACGACUUCUGCUUCACGAUCCCCUACGGCUUGAUCCUCGUUGGAGGAGGUGUUGUUGGAUUCGUGAAGAAAGGUAGCAUACCUUCCUUGGCUGGGGGUGCUGGCAUAGGAUUGCUUCUCAUCUUGGCUGGCUGGUUGAGCCUCAAAGCCUUUGAAAAACGAAAGAAUUCUUACUUUGCUUUAGUUCUUGAGACUGUUUGUGCAGCAGCAUUGACUGUGGUCAUGGGAUUGCGCUAUCAGCAGACAUCUAAGAUUAUGCCAGCUGGUAUUGUAGCUGGGAUCAGCGCUUUGAUGACUGGGUUUUACCUGUACAAAAUUGCUACUGGGGGUAACCAUAUCCCUGCCAAGACUGAGUGAUAGCUUUGAGUUUUUUUUUUUUUUCUUGUAAGAUUAAUACUGAAAGAUGAAAUUGACAACAGAGAUGAACAUGCUUCAAUUAGAGGAUUUUACUUUCUUGAACAAAGGUGUAUUGGUAUGUAUUACUCCUACUGGUUGUGUGUAUAAGACAAGAUUGCUGGUCCUUGUAAAUGAAACAAAUGCUGUCUCUAAGCGUUAUUGUUAAGGCGGUCCCAUUAUAAGAGGACAUGGUAGACUCCAGUUUAUUCUUGAA